AUGGCUGCAAAUGAUCCCAAUAUUCCUAAGGAGGAAAUUCUAGAUGAAGAUGAGUACCCCCAACGCUCUGGAAAGCAGCCUAUGGCCCCGCCUCCGCAAGAUGCCCAGGCUCCACCUCCACAGGAUGUUCAUGUCCCACCUCGUAGGACUCGGGGGCAACCGCGUAAAAACACGGCCACCAGGAGAGCGAAGCAACCUCCGCCACCAACAGAGCAGCCUGUCCCAUCGAGACCCCAGAGAGGUAACCGGGCUGAAGGUGCUGCCAACCCAACUGCAGAGGCACCAGUAGGAAUAGGGAAUAACCGAACCCCCUCAAAGGCUCAGACCCGAAAUCCUGGUGCCACGCAGAAUGUGCAAGAGGAUGAUCGAAUGAAUUCAGGUCCUUCUAGGCCCCAUAAUGGACGACAGCCACCUUCUCCAAUAAGGCACCCACCAUCGCCAAUAAGGCACCCCUCGCCAAUUCGGAGGGAUGCGCAACCGGCCCAUCGUGAUAGGGAAAGGCGAGUUGAGCAAAGACAUGGGAAUGAAGAUACUGUUAGGGAGCGUAGGGGUCCCCAUCCCACGAGGAACCAAGUGUCUCGAUCUCAAACUAUUGAGAUAAGGAGACCAGCAGGAAACCCAUCUCGUAAUAAUCAUGCAACGAGCCAUGUCAGCGAAAUCUCGGGUGACGCUAGAUUCGUGAGUAUAUAUAACUCGGAGCCAGGAAUGCCAAAAAUUGAGGAGAUCACCCAGAUUUAUGGGAGUAUUUAA